CGAGGCGGUGUUCAAGCGCACUACACUACGUUCUUUGAGACUUUGCCGUCACAACUCUGCACGACUGCAUGGCCGUCCCUUCUUUUCGUUAUUAUAUAUUGGCCGUGAAUUCUGUGUCAGAGCAAGUUUCAGCCAAGCCAGCAGUAAAGGAGUCGGGGUGGAGGGGCGGAUCCCAGUCUUAAAAUGAGGGUGAUGACUUUGAUGUGUUUGGAAAGAUAACUCGGGGAGCCACUUAAAGGAAUAAAUCUGAGGGUGCCAAAAAAUUUUUUUUUCCCUUACUGGAGACUCAGGGAGACUGGGCUGAACUAAGGAUACACGGGACACCUGCACACAAAUGUUGGAUUUUGUCCUGCAUCGUCUGAAAGAAUUUGCAUUCCUGCAUAUUGAAAGUAUUUUUGCCCCCCAAAAAUAAUAUUUAGAAUUGCCAUGGAAACAGGCAAUGAGCCAAGGGGAAGACAGAGGACAGAAAUGAAUGUGCUCCCAAGCUUUCCCGGUGGUGUAUGGCAUUCUCCAAACUCCUAUGCAAGGGCUGUUCCUGACCGAGAAGACCCAAGGAGACCGUCUCUGAAAUCAAGUCCAGAUGAAGAACUGAGAGGAAGCAAGUGAGUAUGGUUUUUGCUCCCAGAAUGGAGAACAGCAAGCCACCCUUGGUUAUUCCCACACUGCUGGUGCCCCUGCAAAACCACAGCUGCACAGAGGUCGCCUCCUCCCUGCCACGCCGUGACCUGACGGAAUUCCAUGAGGCGCGUGGCUGGACGAGCAACAGAACAGACUUGGAGCCAGGGCUGAAACCUGGCGAGGUGGCCACGGCCAGCAUUUUCUUUGGGGCCCUGUGGUUGUUUUCUGUCUUCGGCAAUUCCCUGGUUUGUCUGGUCAUCCACCGGAGCAGGAGGACUCAGUCCACCACCAACUACUUUGUGGUCUCCAUGGCAUGCGCGGACCUCCUCGUCAGCAUGGCCAGCACGCCAUUUGUCUUGCUGCAGUUUGCCACCGGCAGGUGGACGCUUGGCAGCGUCAUGUGCAAGGUUGUGCGGUAUUUCCAGUACCUCACCCCAGGCGUCCAGAUCUAUGUUCUCCUCUCCAUCUGCAUAGACCGGUUCUACACCAUUGUCUACCCCCUGAGCUUCAAGGUGUCCAGAGAGAAGGCCAAGAAAAUGAUCGUGGCCUCGUGGGUCUUCGAUGCUGCCUUUGUGACCCCCGUGUUCUUUUUCUUUGGCUCGAACUGGGACAAUCACUGCAACUAUUUCUUCCCUUCCUCCUGGGAAGGAACUGCCUAUAGCGUCAUCCAUUUCUUGGUGAGCUUUGUGAUCCCGUCUGUCCUCAUCAUCUUGUUUUACCAGAAGGUUGUGAAGUACAUUUGGAGAAUAGGCACUGAUGGCCGAACAGUGAGGAGGACCAUGAACAUUGUCCCGAGGACCAAAGUGAAAACGAUCAAGAUGUUCCUCAUUUUAAAUCUGUUGUUUUUGCUCUCCUGGCUGCCUUUCCAUGUGGCUCAGCUGUGGCACCCCCACGAACGAGACUUGAAGAAAAGUUCCCUUGUUUUCACAGCUAUCACGUGGAUAUCCUUUAGUUCUUCAGCCUCUAAACCUACGCUGUAUUCCAUCUAUAAUGCCAACUUUAGGAGAGGAAUGAAAGAGACAUUUUGCAUGUCCUCGAUGAAAUGUUACCGAAGCAAUGCCUAUACUAUCACAACCAGUUCAAGGAUGGCCAAAAAAAACUACGUUGGCAUUUCAGAAAUUCCUCCCACGGCCAAAACUAUAACCAAAGACUCGAUAUAUGAUUCAUUUGACAGAGAAGCCAAGGAAAAAAAGCUCGCUUGGCCCAUUAAUUCAAAUCCGCCAAAUACUUUUGUGUAAUUUCGCAGAAUUCUUUCAAUUAUUGUUAUGUGCCAGAGAUUAAAAAGCUUUAACUCUAAAAA